AAGUAAAAAGAAACCAUCUCAAAGAAAUUUUAGAGUUCAUCUGCAUACAUUACGACAUGGAUGCUGAAGACCAUUUUAUUUAGCAAUCUGACGCAGCGGCCCCCCUAUCAGUACCCCUGAUAAGUACAAGGCCGUCAGACACAACGCGCGCAGGCCAAAGUAUCAGAAAGCUCUAUCCCAACAAGCGAGUGUAUCACUUACAAAAUAGCAGAAGGAGCAGCCGCGCUUUUUCUGUUAUUUUGAGCCUUGGUCAAGAAGAUCGGUUGUCACGCCACGACCCUUUCCUAACAAUCAUCACUCGGAUCGGUCGUCGUCUCUUGCGAUUCGGUUGUUGUGACUCAUGGUUCGUAGAACCUGCAGCAACUAGAGUUUCGGUGUUCAUAUUUUAUGCGUAGCCGUCCGCUCUCGAAAGCAAAGCGUGCCACUUUGCGAAAGAUGUUUCGUUUUUUGGCGUCCGUUGCAAUUUCAAGUCAGAUUCGUUCACAUGAUGUUUAAAAUAAAGCACUUGUUCUCUUUUCUGUCGUCCUCGUCCUAAUUCUCGUCCUAGUAUUAGUAAGCCUCGUCGUUUUUCUGAAGUAAUUAUCUGUUUCCCCUAGCACCCAAAACGAAUCGACAAAGAAAGCAAAAAUAUCAGCACAAUUAUAGCCAGUUCCAACUACUCUCCCGCCUAGCACUCCUACUGCAGUCUAGUACAAAAGAACCCAACGACCAGCCCUAAAACCCCAAAGAAACGACGCCAUAAAGCUAUACAGCAUCAAGAGCAACAAGAGCAAUCGCACAAAGAACUGCCCCAACCACCAAAACCAAAAAAUGGCGACUUUGAAGAACAUUGUCCUCGCCGCCGCCUCGAUGGCUUUGCUGGCGGGCAACAGCGGAGUCGACGCCGUGGAGGUUCUGAUGUCCAACCAGAACAAGAUCGCCACCGCCCAAAACAAGAAGAAGACCGCUGAGCUGCACAAGAAGGUGCACAAAGCGGCGUCUCAGCACCAGGAGAGCAAGAAAACCGCGACGCUGUCGAAGGAAGGGGCUACGCCCCUGAUUUGCGACCCUAUCCAAACGGAACUGUGUCGCGCUAAAAAUUAUGGAACCAAAAUCUUGCAGCUAAGAGCAAUAAUUCUUCAUGUAGCUGCUAUAGUUCCCCCCCUCCUCCUUUUUUUUUCUGAUACAGAUACUGUGUCUGCUUUUGCCUUUGCAUGUGCUAAAAGCGUAGUAAGAUAAAUCAAAAUUUGGUAUGCAUACUAAUCAAUACCCAACACUGUGGCAAAAAAAAGGAACGGAUCGGAAAACUAGUAGCAACAACUGCUCAAGCUCAAGAUUUUGCUAUAGGAUAUGUACGCUAAUCCAGCCGAACCCAUUAACGUUGCGACCCAAACUGCGUUGCUCGAGGCGGCUGGGUGCACAGUGAAAAGCUGCUCCACGGGUUGCUGCCGCUAAGAUGGGAGCCGGUAGUUUGGGUUUAUCUUUAUUCUUCUUGCGCCGGCGUGCCAGCACGCGACAAGGAUUAACACCAUGUUGUACAAAAUAACUACACCAAAAGAAGUGCCAGUACCAUCUUAGUGGAGUAGUUGUUCAUUUCGUUUUGAUUGCAUAUCAAAAGAAGCUACGCCCACAUGUAAAAAUCUUUCUAGAUUUCUUGUCGAACGUCAAAAACUUGUAGAGACAUCAUCCAUACGCUGCAGUAUUAUACAUAGUAUACUCCGCAGCCCGGCUUCCUCUGCUCGUGCGUAUCCCGCACGGUAAGGAAACCAUUGAGGGCAAACCAUAUUACCAGUUUAUUUCCAUCCUACAACAAAUCUGUAGCACUCCUGUAGUUUUGAAAAUUUUUAGAAAAGUCAUAUCAUUUGUUCAGAAAGUUUUUUGUUUUUAGAUUUUAGCUGCUCAACGAAUCCAGUUCCAGCGCGAUGUAGUCCUCGACCAUGAGCAAUGUGAUAUCAAAACGAAAAAUCCCCCUUCCCCAUAUCAAAACGAAGUUUCUGAUGCCGGAUUUGCGUACACAAAUCUGAUUUGUCUUGCAGUAAGGCAGCGCAGCCAGAUCCUCGGCCUAGGUAGGGGCGUUUGGGUCUAGUUGCUUAGCAUUACAAACGGCUGCCCCCUAGGCGCAACAGCAUGCCUAAUCGCUUCCAUAAUGGAGCGGAAGCUUCUGCACUUGUCUUCUUGCAAGACAGACGUGAUUUGUGGUCUCAAAUCAGCAACGCAAAUUUUCGGAGUCAUACUUUUUCGAUAUGUUGGGGAGGGGGGAUUUUUCCUUACAAUAUGUGACCACGCAGCCCGCCUAUCAGUACCCCUGAUAAGCACAAGGCCGCAAGGUGGAACAACAACCGCAAAAAGUAUCAGAAAGCUCUAUGUCUAUCCCCUCGAGCAAGCGUAUUAUAACUCAGAAAGAGGUUGAUGUAGCAGUCGUGUCCCUAGUAUGUAAAAAAAAAGAGGAAAAAAUGCCGCGUGCGGGUUUCGUGAAAACAGGCUGAAGUUGAACGUGAAUAAUACUUCUCUGUCGCACUUGAACUGCACGGAAAAGGAAGGCAGGCAAGAGUAAGAAAACAAAACUCUCCGAAACGUUUCACCCCCUAUGAAU